AUGAGGCCCCCAGUCCUGUUCCCUGCCCUCCUCUGGCUCCAGGGCUUCUUGGCUAGGGAAGAUGUGUGCCACUCCCUGGAAGGGAGCCCAGCCGGGGAGAGUGGAGGACCACCUCUGAAAAUGAACGUCAGCAGAGAGGGGAGGCCAACCAGCCUCUUUUUGAGCUGGGCAGCCCCAGAGCCGGGCGGGUUCAGCCACGCCCUGUGCCUCACCUCUGUUCCCCUCAGUUCUCCCGAAGGGCAGCUGCUCCAGGCCCACACCAACGUGUCCAGCUUUGAGUUCCAGGGCCUGGUGCCAGGAAGUUGCUACCAACUGGAAGUGACCGCCCUGCGACCCUGUGGGCAGAAUGCCACUGUCACCCUUACUGUCUACACUGCCCCAUUGUCUGUCUGUUACCUGCAGCUCCAUAGCCCUGGGAGCCCAUCCAGCCUGGAGGCCUCAUGGAGUGCGGCCCCUGGGGAGCAGGAUGGCUACCUGUUUCUCCUCUACCACCUGGAGUCCCAGACAUUGACACACAAGAUCUCUGUGCCCCCAGGCACCCUGUCCUACAAUUUUAGCGACCUAUUGCCAGGUAGCAAGUAUGAUCUGGAGGUUACCACCUGGGCUGGCCACCUCCAAGUGAAGACCAGCAUCUGGCAGUGGGCAGCCCUUGUGUCCCCAGAUCAGCUGGUGCUCCCUACCCUGGGCACCAGUGCCCUGUGAGCCUCCUGGACUGGCUCUGUGGGGGCCGCCUGGCUCCACCUGGUGCUCACAGACCUCCUGGGUGGCACCAACUGGACUGUGGUGGUCAGACAGAGGGUCUCCAGUCACACCUCCGUCCACCUCUCUCCGGGCACCCCCUAUGAGCUGGUGCUCAGUGCUGCUGCUGGGCCCCAUCGGGCAGUGGGGCCCGAUGCCGCUGAGGGGACACGGCCCCUGCCCACUGGGUGUGAUGCUCUGGAGCUGAGGGUUCUGGCUGGGCCCUAUGAUGCCUGGGCCCAGGCCAGCACCCAGCUGGACGAUCCUACAGCACAGCCCAGACAAGGCGACGGCAUCAAGCUGCCGCUGGACAGGCUGGAGGCCACCACGGAGCCAGGCAUGCUGCUCCACACGGAGGAAGCCCCAGGCCUCCUUGGAAGCAGCUCCAUGCCACCUGGUGCCACAGUCACUUUCCAUGGGCUGGUGCCCAGGGUCCCCCAGGUGGACAUGGUCUCCUCUCUGGGAGACACCACCCAGAGCCUCACAGGCCGUACAAGGCCCCUGGCGCCCCAGUCACUAGAGGUCACUGGCAGGGGCAGCCCAUUGGACCUGAACAUAGGUUGGGCCCCAGCACCGGGGCAGUGGGAAGGCUACAGGGUUAGCUGGCACCAAGAGGGCAGCCAGGGGUCACCGUGCAGCCUCGUCGACGUGGGACCUGAUAAUUCCAGCCUGAUGCUGAAGGGUCUAGUGCCUGGCUUCUGCUAUAGUGUGUCUGUGUGGACCUGGGUGGGGAACCUCAGCUCCUGCAUCCAGACGACCCGCACCUGCACCCGGAAGUCUUGGAUGGACGGCUUCCAGCUGCGGCUUUACUGCCGGAGGGCCCUGACUCUGGAAAGCCAGGAGAUGCUGGCUCCCGAGGCUCAGCACUUCUCCUGGGCCCAGCUGGCCCUGGGCACUGAGUUCCUGGUAUGGCUGGCUGCCCUGCAGGGCCCGGAUGAGAGCAGCAGUCCCAGCUCCAUGGGCUGGAAUAGCACCAGGAGACCCAAUGCCCUGACUGGGAACCCCCAGGCCCAGGCCCCCGGCAGCCUGCACGGAGGGCAGAGCCCUGGGGUUUGCUCUCGUGCAGUGGCCAUGGGUGCAGGACCCUCCACGCUCUCCGCCACGCUGUGGAGCCUGCGAGGUCAGACGAGCGACGCAGAGCCCCUGCUCCUGGCCGUGUGCGAGCCCCCAAGAGGAGUGGGAUAUGAUGGCCCUGUAGAGGCCGGCAGUCACCCAGGCGCAGGGGUUCCCCUGCUCCCUGAAGCCCGCGAGCCGCAGAACCCGGGUCGGAAGCUCCUCUCAUGCUGGCCUGAGACCUCCUGCUCUUCUGCUGGCUGGGUCCUCGCCCCUCUCACCCCUCCUCUGGUAAAUGUGACCAGUGAAGGCCUCGCUCAGCUCUGGGCAUCCUGGGUCCAUGCUCCCGGGGGCUGGGAUGGCUACCAGGUGACCCUGUACCAGGCAGGUGUCCAGGCAGGCACCAGCACUGUGGGAGCUGAGGGCGACAGCACGAGCUUUCUGGCUCUGACUCGCACUAAGUACAAGGUGGAGAUUGUCUCCCAGGUUGGGACCCUCCACACGGCGGCCGCCAUCGCCUCCGGCUGGACCACCCCACUCAUGCCCAAUGAGUUGUUGGUGUCCAUGCGGGUGGGCAGUGCCGUGAUUGGCCUGGCCUGGGCCAGCGGCCCCUUGGGGCAGGAGGUGUGCCGAGCUCAGCUCCCAGUGGCCGGGAACAUCUCCUGGGAGCAGCCCCUGGUGCUGGGCCAGGCCCACCUCGUCCCGAGGGACCUCACACCUGGAUGCAGCCUCUCCCUGUCCAUGCGGUGUCGGGCGGGCUGCUGCAGGCGUCUACCCCCCCGUGCUGCUGCGCAUUGCCCAGAACCUUGGAUUCUCACAGAGCCUGGCCCCUUGGAGGUUGUGCAGUGCCACUCCGAGGCCACCUGCCUGGCCCUGAACUGGGUGGUGCCUGCGGGGGACGUGGGCUCCUGCGUGUUACUGGCAGAGCAGCUGGCCUCGGGAGGGAACACUCAGCUCAUUUUCCAGGCCAGCAACUCCGGGGAUACUCUCCUGGUGUCCAGCCUGGCUCCCGCCACUUCCUACCGCCUCAGCCUCGCCGUGCUGGGCAGGAAUGGCCUGCGGCGUCGGGCUGUUGCCAUGGUGUGCACCACUUCUGCAGCGGGGAGGCAGUCUUCACGCCUCGGGAGCCCCUCUGCUCACUCGGGCUUCCUCUGUCGUCACACACUGGGGCUCUCCCUCCUCUGGCCUUGCUGCGGGGGCCCCCGCUUUCCAAGCCCCAACCCUUUCUCUGGCCCUGAUCCAGCCGGGGUGGGAGUGAUGGUCACACAGGGCGUGUUUGGCAAGAACGACGGGCAGACCUGGUGGGACGGCGUCAUCGCCACCACCAACACAUCACUGGCUUGGCCUUCUCGGGGAGCCAUCAACCGCACGUGGUACGACCACUACUCUGGAGAACAGGUCUACCUGGCCAUCCUACUUCCCAAUCCCAUCCCCCCAGGGCCCUGGGCCACACUGAGAUCCUGGACGGUGCCUGUGGGCACGGAGGACAGGCAGACCCAGGAGAUAUGCAAUGGGCAGCUCAAGCCAGGUUACCAGCCCCGUCUCUCUGCCCCAGGUUGUGUUGUGGCCUUUACUGAACACAGCUCUCCUGAGACAGCUGUCUUCUCAGCCUUCUCAGGGCCCCAGGCCGGUGUCUCCAGGAUGGCAAUGCCCCUCCCAGUGGUGGUGGGCAUCAUGGUGGCCGGAGUCCUCACCGUCUGUGCUGUGCUGGGCCUGCUGCACUGGAGGCGGGUGAAGGGGCAGAGGGCAGAGAAGAAUCUGUUUUCCCAAGAGCUGACAGCUUACAACCUGUGGCAGACCCACCAGCCAAUCCCCACUCACAGCUUCUGGCGGAGCUACGAGGCCAAGAGUGUGCAUGCUCACCAGGCUUUCUUCCAAGAGUUUGAGGAGCUGAAGGAGCGGGGCAAAGAGCAGCCCAGACUGGAGGCCGAACACCUUGCCAACGCCACCAAGAACGGCUACCCGCACGUGCUGCCCUAGGACCGCUUCCGGGUCCCGCUGGCCCAGCUGGAGGGAUAGCCCCACUCCACCUACAUCAAUUCCAACUUCAUCCUGGACUACACCCACCCGCAGGAAUUCAUCGCCACCCAGGGGACGCUCAAGAGAACUCUGGAGGACUUCUGGCGGCUGGUGUGGGAGCAGCAGGUCCAUGUCAUCAUCACGCUGACCGUCAGCACGAACCGAAGGGUGCUGUGUGAGCAUUUCUGGCCGGCCGACCCCACCCCUGUCACCCACAGUCAUAUCACUGUCCACUUCCUGGCUGAGGAGCCCAAGGACGAGUGGACCAUGUGGGAGUUCGGGCUGCAGCACAUGGCCCGGCGGCAGCAGCAGAGGGUGAGACAGCUGCAGUUCACCACGUUGCCUGACCACAGCGUCCCCGUGGUCCCCAGCUCCCUGCUCACCUUCACAGAGCUGGUGAGGGAGCAGGUGAGGGCUGCGGGGCCCAUCCUGGUGCACUGGAGCACCGGCGUGGGCCGCAGUGGCACCUCCGUGGUCCUGUUGAGGCUGCCACAGCAGCUGGAGGAGGAGCCGACAGUAGACGUGUUCAACGCCAUAUACGAGCUGCGGCUGCACCGGCCCCUCGUGAUGCAGACCCUGAGCCAGUACAUCUUCCUGCACAGCUGCCUCCUGAACAGGACUCUGGAAGGGCCCCCUGACCCCUCUGAGUGGCCCAUCCCAGUGGCCAGCUUUGCCCAGGCGUGGCCCCAGAGGGCGGCCCAUGCCAGUGGCUUCCUGCAGGAGUACGAAGUACGCUUCGGGCCGGGGUUGCUCCUGCUCCAGGCCAUUGGGGAUGAGGCUGGCUCGUCAACGCCCCGCCCCGGCCAUGAACAGGACAGCACUGUCCCCUGCCCCACGGGGCCAGAGGAGCUCUGGGAGCUGGUGUGGAAUCACCAGCCCGUGUGCUGGUCUCCCUGUGCCCGCCCCACUCCCGGGAGAAGGGGCCUAACGUGCCUUCCAGGCCCCAGGCCCCGGCUGGGUCUCCCCGCAGACCUGGGUACCCCCAUCCCCCUCCCUCAGGGACCCCAUCCAACUCUAGGCCAAUUGCAGCAACGGGCAGCCCUGCUGGGCACCUUCCUGGCCGUGGACCAGCUGCUGCAGCAGGUGGGGGCUGAGGGCACCGUGAACAUCUUUAACGUGGCCCUGCAGCAGUCACUGACCUGUGGCCUCAUGACCCCGAUGCUGGCACAGUACAUCCACCUCUACAACUGUCUGAGCUGCGCGCUGCUGGAUGGGCUGCCCUGA